AAGAAGACGAGUAUGUACAAUAUGCUUAACUGCCCGUUUUCACAUAAUAACAUGCAAAUGUAACAGAAAUCCUGCCGCAAAUACAGUAUUCGUGUCUUGUCAAUAAUAUUGUGUCUCCUUUUCAAACUGCAACAAAGGGUUGUGAAAUAAAAAGAGGGUCAAUGUGACAGGAGUAAUCUGAGAGGUUCUAUUAACACAACGUGAAGCCAUCUGUUACUUAGAGACAGAGAAGAUAAUAAGAUUAUAUUUAACCAGUCUGUGUGAUGACACAACAAAAGACUUACAAGUGUAUUUCCACGUCUUCUCUUAAUUUCGGAAGCAGAUCAGAGACGGGUGGAUUUUUGUAAUUUGAAUUUUUAACUUUGAAAUCACUCUGUGUUUGACAGAAUGCAAAGGUGCAAGAACGUUUGUCUAACAACAGAUCCCAGCAACUGGGUACAAGUCAAGAACUCCAGUAGAAAGGAAGAACAUUGGAAACUGGAAUCGAAUAAAGCGUGUGUCAUCCCCGCGUAUGAGACAGCUGAAAUAGGUGCGUCGUCGGGGACAAUUAGCACGGAAACAUAUGGAAUGUUAGUUCGUCAGCUGGAAGAAUUAAACAUGACAAGAAAAUGUACAAGGCCAAAACUUUGCCCAAAUAAAUUGUAUUCAAAUGAACAUCUGGGGCUUCAAUCGAAGGACUGCUCUGUUACCCAAGACACCACUUUAAGGUUAAGACAACUAGAAAGUCAACAAGAAGAUUCAGUAAGCUUUGAAGAUCCCGUGUCCCAGUUCUCCUUGCUUGGCAGUGGACAUUUUCCAUCUCGAAACUACAAUCGAAUAAACACAGAUGGUUUCCUCCUGAACAAAAAAGUGCCUUUCCAAAAUGGCCAUGUAAUUGAAAGAUAUAAAUCAAGAUUUACACACAAGUUUAUUCUCAAAGGUGAGACUAAUGAAAUUUUCAUCAGCAAUGCCUGGUCAAAUAAGAGGAAUUGCAUACGUAAAGACACCAAUACAAGCAAGGAUUUUUCAACAGAUGAGAGCAACGGUACCAAUAUUGACUUCACAUCAGAGGACAGUGACCUGUCAGAUUAUGAAAAAGGUGAUUACUAUGUCUCAAACUUAAGUAAGCCACUGGAGUUCGGUUUAACACCCGAGGCAUUUAAUACGUACGAGUCUGAAAUCUGUGAAUUUUCUUACCCUGAAUUCCUUCCUUCACCCAUGAGCAACUUGGACUUACAAAAUAUUUCCUUGUUGGAAGGUGAUCAGAAAGGCCUUGUACAGACACAGCAAGACUGCCCCAUUGGGUCUAUUCUGAUUCGUCUAUUGCAAAUGGAAAAAAUGCAACAAAUCACCAUACAGAAAGAGAAAUCCAAGAUGCCUUGUUCAUAUCCAGGCACUGCUGCUAGUGCAAGUUUGACCAAACAGACUCUCAAACAUAGUAAGUCACAACAAGUUAAAUCACCAUGCAUCCAAACAGAAUGCAAUGCUAAUGGUAUUGGUAUAUAUUGUGCAAAUCUGAAGCAUCAGCAUUCAAGUUCCCAACCUCAGUUUUUCUUAAAUGACUACGGACAUUCACGUAGUUCAUUGAUGAACAGGAAUAACUCAAUAAAGAGACCAAGGACCACAUGCGAGUCUCGGAAAAGUUGGAACAAAAGGCCUCCACUAAAGCAGUCUGCUUUAAACAGGCCUCAGUCAAGUUCUGCAAAUUUCUGCAGAUCACAAAGCCUAUGUGCAUUAAAACCUGUCAGGCCACCAUCUAGACCAGUAUCUCUACCUCCCUGUUCUUCUAGUAAAAGGAAAUUCACAGCAUCCAAGAAAAUCUCUGGCAGUACCAUUGUGGUACGUAGAAAGUCAUUCCUUUCACAGAAGCACAACACAUGUGGUUCAGAUGCAACAAAACACUGACUGUCAAAGCGUAAUCUAUCAAAGGUGGUGUAUCAGAAAUAUGCAUGAGAUGACCAUGCUACUUCGAGCAACUGUCGUUUUGUAUUUUGUAACUUUGGUUUAACUGUAGUUAAAAAUCAAGAACGGCAAACAUUACAUUCAUUCAUUUAGGUCUUAAAAGAAAAGUAAACAGAAAAUGCUAUAGAUAAUUCAACACCUGAAAAAAUAAUUACUAGCUUCACACAUUCAAGACAGUUGUUAGCAUCAAGAGUGAAGAGCAGGCAAUAUUACCCUUGAUCUACCUAUAAAACUGAAUCUUUAUAUACCCAUACAAUAGAAAUUCCAUUUAAAAUUAAAAACCAAAAGUAAAGGGCCUUGAUCAUUAUGGAUGUGUAUAGUAACAACAAUAAGGCUGGGGGUCAUGUUACAAUACAUUUUAUUUCAGAAACAGGUUUAUAAAUGCAGUAAAAAAAAUAUCACACUUGGAGUAUGUUAUAAAUUCAAAUAAUGCAUUCCAAAAAUGUUAUCACAUAUUUUGUAGGUUAUUAAAACAACAAAUUGAUUUUUGGUCUCUGGAUGUGCAAAGAGCCUUGCCUAAAGCCGUAACUGGUUCAUGAAGACUGCUACCGCUUUCACGUGCCACUUACCCUACAUAUGAGGUAGAAAAAAAAAAAAAAAUUAAGAAAUACAAUUCAUUGCUGUUAAACAAACAUUCUAAACUUCUAACAGAAUGGCCUGCUUUUUAAAGGAUCAUUGGGAAGUACAGCUAUGGCCAAAUUGUAUCACCUAGAAUUUUAGGCUUGAGAUUGAUCAAUUGAUCUAUCGAUAGAUAGAUAUAAUGUAAUCAAAGAAACUACAAAAUGCUAUCGCAAGUCGACCGGAAGCCAUAAUAAUAGGAGUAUAGUAUUUCAUGUUAGAUUUUGAAAUUUUUCCAUUUUCCAGUUUUUUUGUGAAGUAUAUGGGAAAACUACAAAGUGGUAUUUAAUUCAAUAUGUGAACACAAUUCAGCAGGUUUCAUUCAGCUUCAUGAAACAAAAUUAGUUAAUGGGGUAGCUACUUAACACCAAAUGUUAAAUUGCUGAAUUAAAGCAACAGUGUACAAUACUGUCAAAGGGAGAAGUGCUUUAAAUAAAAACAGAAAACCGCUCUUUUUAGGACAGAAACCUUUGUUCAGGUCUUGAGUUUUCUUGUCGUCGUCUGUUGGACUGCACCUACGAUACAAAAAGCACAUGAACAAGCAUCUUGAUGCAUCUUUUGUCAAAUAUGUGGACCAAAACUGUCAAUUUUACCCUGCAUUUUGUUACCAAACUAUUCAGGCAACAAUGUACUACUGAUUGCAUUGCAAUGUACCACUACUUCUGUAUAACUAGCCCGUAACCCAGUUACACACACAUCUAUCUAUCUAUCUAUAUCUAUAGAUAUAUCUAUAGAUAUAGAUAGAGUGAUCAAAAUCGAUAGAUUGGUGUGUAUAUAUGCAAGUAUAUGCCUCUAAAAUGUGAAAUUAACAAAAGUACUCCAAUGCUCUCUUUAACAACUUCUAUAUGCCAUUUGAAAUCAUCUACUAGAUUAAUAAAUACCAUAAUUUACAUGUAAACAUUUUAAAACAGCACCGUAUAACUGACAUGGAUUUGUGUGUUCCAACCAGGACUAAACCCUUAUCUUUCUACAUAUUGCACAACUAAGGUUGUAGUGUAUAGCAGAAAUUAAUUUCUGUUCCAGCCAGAAAUAACCGUUCCUCCCCCCUCCCCCCCUCUCUUACUUAAUGUUCCUAAGGAGGGAAAGGAUUAGAUAAACAAAAGGUCCACUCAGACAUCUUGGUGGUAAAAUCUGACAGCAAAAUAAUCAUUUUCCCCCCUUGAUGACCUUGGCUUUUGCUGUAAAAUCCCAGCAUCUCAGAAAGGAAAAAUAAGUAUUUAUAUUCCUAGAAUACACAAAACUUGUUGGGAGCCUCCUCUUCCAGGAUCAUAUACCACUCUAGGUGAAAGAAAAGGCUGAAGAUAUUGACUUUCACAUUUACUUAUACAGAUUUAUCACAUUGGUAAUGUUAGUACUACUCAUUUGCUGCCACAUGUUUAUCUACACAUGCCAUCAGAAAUGACCUUGUUAAGUAGGUGAAGGUCUUGUCUCAUUCAAAGCAGAACCACGGAGUGGAUGACGUAGACUGUGCCUCCAGACAUAGUAGCAUAACUUGAUUUCAAUCUCAGCACCAUCCAAGGGAAAAGUGAGAAAACAUCACAAAUAUGAGUUAGUUUAUAAUGAAAAAAAACAAAAACACAAUGGGAUAUGUCACCAUUUAUAUGAUUGCUUACAACCUACCAUUCAUGAAAAAUAAAAAGCAUCUGCCACAUUAAGAUAAACAGAACCGUCCAUUUCUGCAUUUCUAAACAUUUAGUUGCUGGGACAAAAGCUGGCCUAAAUACAGCUAUUACAUUAAGGUUCUAACCCUACCAAAAACAAAUAUUUGCAAAGUCAUUGGACAAGCAUCACCACAGCAAAGAAAAUAUCUUAAAUGUCUGCAACCAC